UUCAUUAUUCAAUAAGCAAAUUUUGGGCGUUGAGUCGGUGUUAUAUGUUGGACCCCAGCGAAGAAGCAGCAGCUGUGAGAGCUGCAGCAGAAGAAAGCGUAUAUAGGGGACCUAUUAAAGGAACAAAAUGGUACCUUGUUAGUUCGAAAUGGUACCGGCAUUGGUGUAUGUAUACAGAAACAACGGAUUUAGUGUCCACAUCCCCCACUCGUUUUAGAACUGGUUUGCAUACUUUCAAGUGCGAUGUAUCGGACGACUCGGAUGAUGAAAGCCAGUCGUUUUCGUCGUACAAGAAGACUCAACGUCCUGGUCCUAUCGACAAUGCUUACCUCGUGAAAAGUAUAGAGGAAGUCGAUCAAUCCUCGGAACAAGUCGAGUUAAAGCCAAAUUUGCUAGAACAGGUUGAUUUUGUUUUAGUUCCUAAAGCUGUUUGGGAGCUUUUAUUUUCCUGGUAUGGUGGAGGACCAGAAAUAUCACGUCCAGUGGUUUUAGGCCCUUCCGGCGAGUGCUUCGUGGAGAUUUAUCCUGUCGAACUUAAUAUCUCAUUUAUUUGUCCAUCGAAGACUGUUGAGACAACAAUUCAUCUCAGCAAAACAACCAAGAUAAAGGAGCUGAAGAACAAGGUUUUACUUAAGCUGAAUAUCAAUAACGUCACUGUUUCGGACUUGGAGGUUUGGAAUAUGUUGGAUGAUGUUCCUCCUGUUCUUUUAGAUAAUGAUGAGGAGACUGUUGCAGAAGCUGUGCUUGUAUCUGGUCAAAAAGUCCAAAUACGAGUCAAUCCUCAGAAUUCAAAUUCUCACUUUUCAGACUUGAAGCAAGAAACUCAUCUUGACGAUGACAAUACUUCAUGUAGCCAAGGGAAGUUGACCAACACAAACACGACUAAUAAAACUGUUAUUCGUAGUGUGAAAAGGGCACUAUUGAAGGAAAAGAUUGCAUCCAAUGGAGAAAGUGAACAUACUAGCUGUAUGAAGGAUAUUUCUAGUCACCGUCUAUUUUUCUUGCCACCAAUGAACUCCAGUGCAUUUAAAAAAGCUGGCCUAUGUGGUUUAGUGAAUCUUGGGAAUACUUGUUUUAUGAAUGCUGCAUUGCAGUGCCUUAGCAAUGCAGCAAAAUUGACAGAAUAUUUCUUAUCAGAGAAAUACAAGUCGGACAUAAACAAACGAAAUCCUUUAGGAAUGAAAGGUGUCUUGGCCGAAGAAUAUUUUAGACUGCUUUCUCAUAUUUGGAGUGGAAACGAGAGCAGUUUUGCUCCACGGCAGCUCAAGUUUCAAAUUGCUCUUCAUGCUCCUCAAUUCACGGGAUAUCAACAACAAGACUCGCAAGAAUUGAUGGCAUUUCUACUUGAUGGGCUUCAUGAGGACUUGAACAGGAUCAGAAACAAGCCGUAUAUUGAAGUCAUUGAGGGUGGUGACAGACCUGAUGAUGAAGUGGCUUCUAUUGCUUGGAAGCAACAUUUGCAGCGAAAUAAUUCUAUCGUUGUGGACCUCUUUCAAGGACAAUACAAGUCAACUGUUAUCUGUCCGGACUGUGGAAAAGUUAGUGUUACAUUUGACCCAUUUAUGUAUCUGUCAUUGCCUGUUCCAAGCAAGAGUGAAAGAAUGAUAGAAAUUCUUGUAUUUCUCCGAAGAGCUGAACGGGACAAACUUUAUUGUCACGAAUUUCAGUCACGUCCUGUUAGAUAUGCCAUAAGAGUUAAUAGGAAAGGGAGAAUCGGUGAAGUUCGUGAUAGAGUUUCAGCAUUGACAGGGGUUCCAAGUAGCCGCCUUAUUUGUGCGAUACUCUUUCUAAACCGAUUCUAUCAAGUGCCCGUCCCAGACUGGAAUCGAGUAGACGAGAUUAUAAAUUUAGCUGGCCAAGAAAGAUUUGUCAUUUACGAAGUUGAAUAUGAUUGGAUAUCAGGAAGAAAGCUGCAACAUGGUGGAGUGGAUACUGGAAGAAGUUCCAGUAUAAAGGAAAAAGAAAUUCUACUUAAGAUAGUUCACACGGAAAAGAAUAGCGACCGUGUUAUAGCAGUCCCUACACUUUUUACCUUAAACAGGUAUGAACUUACUGGAAACCGAGUUCUUAAGGAGAUCAUGUUUGUCUGUCGUCGCUUUUUUGAUUAUGACAAGUUUCUGGAGCUUGGGAAGAUUGGUAAAGAAGAAGGUGACGAUCAAGAAUGGAAUGGGCAAGUACUUGAGCAUGACUUGCACAGCGAGGAAGCAGUAGAGCUACCAGUUGCCGAUGACUCUGCGACUGCAUCGCACUUAGUCGUUCCUGGCAAUAGUAGAAUUGGGAGAAAACGCAAAUCUCGUUCAAAGUUCCCUUUUGAAGCGAAAAUAUCCUUUGAGAGAACUCAAGGUUCAGGUCAUACCUUUGAUAGCAUUGUUAUCGACUGCGACUCAACUCAUAUCAUUGACCUCCCAGACUGUUCAACGGCAACAGUUGUAGUGGAAUGGACCCUUGAAGGUAUCUGCAAACAACUAUUUGAUAUGGAAGAAGCAAGUUUUCGAGCCUAUGUUCUGGAUCAUUCCAUAUCACAAAGCACACAAGAGAAUUCAGAUGCGUAUCCUACUAUUGAAGAUUGUCUUCGCAGAUGGAGUGAAAAGGAAAUUCUGUCUCAAGACAAUGCCUGGUUCUGUCCAGUGUGCAAAGAUCAUAAACAAGCAAGUAAACAUCUACAGUUAUGGAGCACUCCCGAAAUUCUAAUCAUUCAUUUGAAACGCUUUUCGUAUUCCAUUUGGAGUAGGACCAAAGUAGAAACUUUUGUAAAGUAUCCAUUGAAUGGACUCAACUUGGCGCCAUAUAUAGUGGGUAAGGGAGAUAUAGGCGCACCACAGCCUCUUUAUGACCUCUAUGCAGUUUGUAACCAUUUUGGUGGUUUGGGAGGAGGUCAUUAUACUGCAUACUCUGUUAGUCCUUGGAAAGUCUCUGAUGAUGAGAGUGACCCGUACUUUGAGAGUAACGAUGGCUAUCUAAAUGGUUCUUGGUAUAAUUUUGACGACUCUUCUGUGCUCAAAAUGGCAAAUUCAAGCCAAGCAGUUUCCGAUAGCGCCUAUGUUUUGUUUUAUCGACGCCGAAAGUACGGAGGAAGUCAAAAGAGCGGAAAUAUGUCCAGCAGCAAGAAGUAAACAUAGUUUUGUUGAGGAUAUGCAAACAGCAAAGGUUGGUCUUACAUCUUAGUUGUUGCUUUCAUUCGACCUUCUCUUUUCCGCCAACUUCUUUUCUAUCAUCAGUUUAAACUC